ACGUUUGCCAGCCGUUGGAGAAUCGACGUCGCGGAUACCGGCGAUUCGCGAGCUCGUCUCCUCGAAGGGGCUCGAGAUUUUCGCACCGGGUCGUCGCGCGAUCGUCAAACGAUCCUCGUUCGCGGGGAAUACUCACCGAUAACCUCCUUCAGCUCGUAAUCGUCCUUGGUAUUCGGCCAGCCCUGCACAACCGUGGAGGAGCUCGCGGACGCCAUUUUACUGGCCAGUACCGGACCAAGGCGCGCCUGCUUGCUGGCUGCUCGGGCGCCCCGCGACAACGUCAACGAUAGAGAAGCGCCGACGACGGACCGCGGGCCGCUGUCACGUGGUGGAACAGCUGUCACGCCGGUUUGGGAGGUGGCGGCGCGAGGAGCUGCGCAGCGAUCGUUCGUCACAGUCGCGGAUGCACCUCGGGAGUUUCGUGGGAUUAUCGUCGUCGUUAGCCCCGCUGUCGGAAAUGCCGAUGACACCUUCUUCGGCGCCGGUGGCGGCGUGGACGACCGGAAGGAUUUUUGCCGAAACACGCCGGGCGAGCACGACGGCAAAACGUCCGGCGAGAUUCUCCUGAAAAUCAAAUAUAUUCGUAUUGACUCGAUGUAUAUAUAUGUCAGCUGAUACGAAGGCGCUAAUUUGAAAAAGUGCGAGCCAAUUUCACGCACAAUUGUUAAAGUACUCGAUCACGGAGAAGAAAUGUCAGAGUUUAAAAUAUAUGUAUGUGAGAGGGGAGAUUUGGUGACAUUUGUCGAUCAAGAGAGAAAAAGCAGGUACUUUCCCCCCUGAGUUAUAUAUAAAACCGACCAACGCUAUGUGGAUAUUCCGAUUCGACGAUUGCAUCCCCAUGUGUGCAACAACUCUGAUUUUUAAAAUCGUCUUUGAAAUCGUGAACCUGCUAGGACCAUGUUUAGUGAGAUGAAGAUCCUGGUAAUUGCCGAAUUCUUUAUUCUCAACCACGUGUCCUACGUGCUGAGUAGACGGUUGAAUCUCACUCAGCUGAUUAAGGAAAACUUGGAUCCUGAACUCUACCAGAACGCUCUACGUGAGAUAUCGUCGAAGAGAGACGUUCCUUAUCUGCCAGAAGAGUAUUACAAUGCGGAAAAUGGGGUGAACAAACUGCAGCGGUUAGGCAGAGAUAACAGAUAUUUAAUUACCGAAUAUCGCAGUCUUUGCGAGAUAAUAACGAGAAUGGUGGAAAUUGCCGAUUCCGAUUACGAGUAUCAACCUCCGAUUUAUCACGAGGUCUACUGUAAGAGUUAUUCAUUGCAAGAUAAUAAUGAACAAACGAUGACGAGGCCUUCGCAACAGGAAUGUGUUUAUCCGAUAUUUCACUGCGUACAGAGAACUCGAAUUCUGUCCUUUGUCAGACGUCGUUGGGGAGACGAAUGUUGGGAACCUUAUACUAAGGAAAUCGCCAGUGGUUGUGAUUGUAUGUGGCCGGUCGCUAGCCUCGGCGAGAUAAACCAUCAUUACUGAUUCAAUAGUAAAUUCGUAUAUUAGUAAAUUUUCGCUAUAUAAUGCAAAAGUAUAGCGAAGAUUCGUCGUUCGCAUAUAUUUGCAGCAAAGUCUUGUUCAAAAAUAUUUAUUUAUUGUAUUACAAAAGCAAAUAUGUGAAUGAAAUAUAACAAAUAUUCACAUUUUAUCGUAAAAAAUUCCUUUUUCUUUCAUAAUGUUGUGAAAAUUUGUACAAUAUCAUUCGACUCGACAAUGUUUCUUUAUAAUUUCUUUCUGUAAUGUAUUUUAUUUCCACGAAUUUGCCUUAUGCUUUGGUAAAAAAUGGAAUCCAUCAGGCACUUUUCCGAGUAACAUUUCGCUAGAAAUUAAAAAAAAAUAUUAAUAUCGCGAUUAUAGAGUUGACAAUUGUUUUUCUUCAUGAAAGCUAAUAGUUUCGAAAAAUGGCCUUACGAUAAUUUCACCCAAUCUGCGCAAUUGGAACUGGCCAUCAAUGUCUCCAUAUCAUCGCGGCCUCUGUAGAAGGGCGGCCUCUCGUUAAUUCUUUGUGGCGGUCUCUCUAGAAUUCCAACCGGGAUAUAUCUGUAACACAUGUUUUUCAAAAUGUAAAUGCAUGUAAUUGAAAAACAUUGUAACAGCUGACAGCAACUCUCAAAGUAAAGACCUGUGAAGGAAAGAGAUCCAUUCCAACAUAAAUCUUCUGGUGGUUUCGACGCCACGUGUAUCGGAUCCCCAAUGUUCAAGGCCGUAAUUUGCAUACUUUUUGAGAAUAUCAAAUCUCUCGCCGCUUGAUAUAUCGAUCAAUUUUCUUUCCUUUAUUUCGGUGAAGAUCCACGGCUUAAUCAAUGCUCCACGUCCGAUAGUGACUCCCUGCACUGAACCGCAGAUCUUUCUCAUUCGUUGGUAGUCGUCGAAGGAGAGGAUAUCGCCAUUUCCGAACACGGGUAUCGGCUGCGCCGCCACAGCACAUUUCUCUAUGUACUCCCAAUUGGCUAGUUUCGUGUAUCUUUGUUCACGGGACCUGCCAUGAAUCUAGAAGAAUACCGAACAUUAAUAUAAGUUUAAAAAACUCCAAGCUUUUCGAAAAGACACAUGUAUGAUAUACCUAUUUUUAUUCCUUUCAUUCAAAACGAAUAAUUUCUAUUAACAUUUCUGUGAUUAAUAUGAAUAUUUUGUAUGCAGUGAUAUAAAAUGUACAUAUAUAUGCAAUUGAAUUAUUAAUGUUGUAGGGAUUUUUCGAAGACAAUGUUUCUGCUUUCGAAAAGUUCUAUUUGGAGAUACUGUGACUUCUCGAAGAACAUGAUUUACAAGAAUAGAAGAAUAUAAAGAAUGUAAAGCUAAAAGACUUACAGUAAUCAUAGAUGCACCCCAGUCUCGAAACCUCGGCAUUAACUGAUGUGCGAUCGGUUUAUCUAUGUAAAUUCCAGUUCUGGUCUUAAUAGUUAACGGUCAAUCGGACAACCGAGAUUCAAAUCGAUGAAGUCCACGUCGAUCUCCUGGUUCAACAAUUGGGCGCAUCGAGUCAGUACUCCAGGAUUAUUACCGCAGAGCUGCACCCCGAAGAUAUUCUCGCUCUCGUGUCGCUUUACCAAGGCCCACUCCUCCUGUGCCGCCUUUAGUAUCUUCGGUGCCAAUGCCAUUUCGCCACAAGUGAUGUCAGCCCCGUACUCUUUGCAGAUCCUUCGAAACGACUCAUCUACUGUUUGAUCCGCAAUCCAAGGACAUAGAUGCAAUUCUCUGGCAAUUUUAAAUGGAACUGGUCUAGCCUUAUUUUGACCCCUGAGUUUCUCAUUCUUAUCCUCCAGUUUAGGUUUCUUAACAGGUAUUUCAUCAUAUGAUAGUGGAUCUGCAUCUUCUGUGCUUGCAUUCACAGAUAUUUUCUUAUCUGUCUCCGUCAAGCGUUGCUCAUUUAAUUGUCUCACAUGAUCCUCGAUAAUAAAUCUACAAUAUAUAUGUAAAAAUAUAUAUAAUUAAUAAUAUAUAA